AGUAUGUAUAUGUGCGUAUAUAUUGUGUGUGCACAUGUAUAGUAUGUAUAUGGAGUUAAUAUAGCAUGUGUGCAACAUAUCUAGAAUAUACGCGUAGUAGAUAUACAUAUAUAUGUGGUGUAUAUACAGUGUGUAUAUAUAUAUAUGCAUAUGUACUAGUCGUAUAGUCACAGACAUAAUCGGUGUGUCGUAGUGCUGUUUUCUGACUUGUUAAAAAGAGCCUGAGCAAGUCCGUACUGUAUAAAAGUAUAUUAAAAAGUUAUACAAAAUUUGCUUACUAUAGAAAAAGAAAUGUUAUAGGGAUGAACCGAAUGGGGAAACCAGCUGAAGUCAGAAGUUUCAACAGUGUGUCCUGCAUGUGCAUGGAAAUGUCUGUCAGAAGGGGACUUACGAUGUCCGUGGUACAUCGUCUGACAGCAGGAUGGCUCGUGGAUCAUCUCUCUUUCAUCAACCAGUGUGGCUAUGAGAUCUGUGACUCCUUUGCACACCCUGGUGGUGUCACUUGCAAUACUUCUGUCACAUCUACUGAAGGCUGUCACAGUACUUCUACUUUUGCUCCCACCCUCUCGUCAAGUGAUAGUCCUACUUAUGGUCCUGGAGAUGCCAUAGAAACAGAAGGUAAACCAGCAAAAACGAGAUACGUGUUUCGGGAGGAAUUCUUUGAUAUUUCUAAGCCCCAUAUAGCUGCAGCUCCUGAGGAGCAGCUGUGUCCGGGAUGCCCUGAGGUGAGUCUGACAGAAAUAAAGGCUGACAGCAACAGAGAGGAAUACCAAGAAGGAGCAAAGAGUGACACUGGAGAUUCUGUUGCCACUGCUAGGAAGAAACGUAAAAGGAAAUGUGUGUUUAACCAAGGUGAACUGGAUGCUUUGGAAUACCAUUCAAAGGUCAGGAAGCUCAUUUGGGAAGGCACUUUGCAUUUAGUCCAAGAAGGACUCAAAAGUGGUUUUCUUCAUCACACUACCACAAAACUCAAUUGCAGGAAGAAUAAUGUUCCUCAACACAUUGUCUGUGGAUUGGCUGAAUUAUGUGAAAUGGCAAAACAGUUUCCAGCUGUGAAUGAAAGUGACCAUCAAGCUGUACAUGUGCUAGAGGAUGAAACCUGCCAUCCAGAGCAGGACCUGCUCUCAUGUGUUAUGAAAAACAGCUCAAACUGUGCAAAGAUAAUUGUGUUAAUGGGGCAGAAAUACUUGGUACCACCAAAAAGCAGUUUCCUCUUAUCCGAUAUUUCAUGUUUGCAGCCCCUGCUGAACUACAAGAAGAAAUAUGAUGUAAUUGUGAUCGAUCCACCAUGGGAGAACAAGUCUGUUAAAAGGAGUAACAGGUACAGCCACUUGUCUUCAUGGCAAAUCAAGCAGAUUCCUGUACCAGCACUAGCUGCUCCAAAUUGUCUUGUAGUCACGUGGGUGACUAAUAGACAGAAGCACUUACGUUUUGUUAAGGAUGAACUUUAUCCUCAUUGGUCAGUGAAAACGCUUGCUGAGUGGCACUGGGUAAAAAUUACUAGAGCUGGAGAAUUUGUGUUGCCUUUGGAUUCUUUGCACAAAAAACCAUAUGAAGUUCUUGUACUGGGGAGAGUUCAAGGAGAUGUAAAGGAAGCCUUAAGGAAAUCAGAAGGUGUUCUUCCAAUUCCAGAGCAUCAGUUAAUUGUCAGCAUACCCUGCAGUCUGCAUUCACAUAAACCUCCUCUUGCUGCCCUCUAGGUUUAAAAAGAUGGUCCCUCUGGCAGAAGGAGAGGGGGAGAUUCCUGGGACUUCCUUUUUAAAUUCUAUAACCAAAUUGAUAGAAGGACUGGCACGUUUCCUGGUUCUGCUGAAUUGAUCCGUUUCUUGGCUACCCCUUUUUUUGCUUUCUAGUGAACCAGUCUUUGAGGUUGGUUGAAUCACUGAAGUGUGCUUUUCAAAUCUGUUCUUUUAGGCAUGAAAGUUUUUGGUGCCUGUUAAAACUGCUUUGGAUUACUGAACCUAGUGCUAUGAUGAUAUUUUUAACCUAUGCAUUUUAAGGUCUACCACCUGUCUGGGCAAUGUGUUCAGUGUUCAGCACCCUCAUUGUAAACAAUUGUUUCCUUAUAUCUAGUCUGAAUUGAUCCUAUUUUAGUUUAAAACCUUUAUCCCUUGUCCUAUAGCUGCAGGCCCUGCUAAAAUAAGUUUGUUCCCUUCUUUCUUAUAGGCCCCAUUUAAGCAUUGAAAGGCUACAAUAAGGUCUCCCUGGAGCCUUCUCUUCUCCAAGAUGAACAACCCAACCCUCAGCUUGUCCUCCUAAGAGGGGUGCUUCAGCCCUCUGAUCAAAUCGGCAGCAAAUUAUGCACAAGAAAUCCUUAUCUUAAUGGAGCUGGAAAAAGAACAAUACAUUUUACCACUUUUUUUAUUGUGAUGGGUUUGCAAAAUGGUAUUAAGCAGCUACUCAUAAGUGGUGUCUAAUUAGAUGAACUCCCAUGGCACCAAACAGUGUGUGAGUUUUCUGUCAGAAUGUACAUUUUCCUCUAAACUUCCCAGACUCUUCUCUGCAAAUGCUAGGUUUGCUUAAACAUUUUAUCUUGCCUCUAAAAGAAUCAGGCUUUUGGAAUAAGAUUCCUUCUGGUAGCAGUAUUUUUUAGAUUAAAAGCUGCCUUGAUGAUAACCCAUCUGAGACAUUCAUGUAACAUUUGUUAAAGAUUGGAAGAAGAAGAACAGAUUUUUAUGACAUGCCAAAAUACAAUAAAGCCUGGAAACACCCAUCACAAAAUAUUUACAGAAAAGUUUUUAGUAUAUUGGAGCUUUGGGAAAGGUGAUCAGGUAGGUAGGAAAUGCAUUUGGGGCUGGCUAACACUAGAAAGUAAAGUGGAUGCUCAUCUUUCUGCAAUGGGAGCAAGCCAUGACCUGAUCAGCUGGAGUCUUACACAGGGAGUCUGUGACUGGCAAACUUGAUGCAAAAAGUCAGUACUUGGAUUGCUCCAAAAAAAUAAGAAAAAGCAUUUCCUCUCAUACUUUGGUGUAUGCUGACUGGAUGUGUUUUUGCUUUCUGCAGUGAUCAUAUCUGAAGAGACUUGAGUGAAGCAGCAAAAUGUCAGAUUUAUGAGCUGUGUUUUUAAGUGUCAGAGAUUGAGAAAUCACUGGCAGAUCUGAUCUAAAAAUGACCAAGAUGUCCUUUGUAAAGGGGAAUGUUUCCAUAAUUUUUCUUCUUUUAUCUUCAGCAACAAAACCAAAAACUUAACAUGCAACUUUUAGUAUAGAUAAGUUUUUCAGUCUUUCUACCUUCUCUGUGUUGGAACUGUGUGUUGCUCCUUAAAACUUUGCUUUUUUCCUGCAUGUUUUCGUACACAAUAACUUUGUAGCUAUUUCAUGAAACCUAGUUAAGGAAUUGCUUGAACCAGCCGCAGACUAAAUGACUCUGUAUGACAAGUAACACAUUUAACAAUAAACUCUUUGCAAUAAUACUUUUCAAGCAAAAUGCAAGAUCUUUUUCUGUCACUCCAAGAAUACCAGUCAUGAUCAGUGACACAGUUGAUGUUAAUGACAGGCAUCUUUAUAUUUAGAUUUAGGCAGUAAAAAUGCCUAACUGUAAAAGAAAAUUGAGAUUUAUGUUACUGAAUAAUAGUAACAGAGUUAUAGAAAUAUCUCUUCAGCUGCCAAGUUGAUAUUGAGGGAAAAAGUAGUUCCUGCCUUUUAUAGCCCUUUUAGUGCUAUGCUUAUUUAACUGGUGUUUGUUAUUUUAUCUCUUAACAGUUGUCAUUACCCCUUUAAGGUACAGAGGAAAAGAGUGUGGUCUUAAUUAAGAAAAGGGUUUAUUUAUUUAUUUUUAGAAGUGUUGCCCCCAUGUUACUGGAGCUAAGUGAGGCUUUAGGAGGUGUUUGGUUGAUAUUAGUAAAAAAUUCAGAACUCAUCUAUGUAGAGGCUGAAAUAAAUCCUCCUUCCCUUUCUCUAAAUGAAAACUAAUAAAUCAAGGCUAUUGAAGGCCUUGACAGUAUUGUUCAGAAUCUCAAGGGCACUUAUUUAAAAUUACUUUCUCACUAUAAAUAGUCCAGCUGUUUGAUGAAACCUCUGAAAUUAAUUUGCUCUCUCUUCCUUUUUUAAUGAAACAUUCAUUUUUUCAUCUGCUAGCAUCACAGGGGAGGUUUUACUUGUUUACUAUUCUUAUUUGUACCAUUGUCAUUGUUGUUGUCUUCUUUUUUUUUUUUUUCUCUUGCACAGCAGUUCUGGCAGAGUUUAUCAAGCCAGAUGUGGAAUGCUUGGAGUUGUUUGCUCGCAACCUACAGCCUGGCUGGACCAGCUGGGGAAAUGAGGUCUUGAAGUUUCAGCACAUUGAUUAUUUCACUCUUCUGCAGAAUGAAAACUGAGCUGGGUCUUAGAUAUCUAUAUCUUCUGAAAUUCCACACC